AUAUGUAUUGUCCUUCUUCAUCAAGUUCUAACUAUCAGUCUUUCCCCAAGUCAGACUGCUGCCUAGUACUACCUGUCAAAUAUCUUUCGAACAAGUUAAAUAGAUGAGUAAAAAUUUACCCAGAAUUCUUAGAAGAACAGUCGUGAAACCUGAACUACAUCAUCGACUGAGUGAGCC